CUGGCACAACGGCAUCUCAACAUGCGAGGUACCGACCUGUCAAGGUACCGAUUGCUGAUGUCAAGAGCGGGGUUAUCUUGAAUGGACGCGCAAGGUGGCAUAGGUAUAUAAAUUGUCUUCUUUCUCUUUCUCAAAGAUCUCGCGAGUCUCUCACUGCAUCAUCACAAUCUGUGCAUUUUCCAUUCUACAACCAACACCAACACAAACACCGUGUGAAUCCAACUUUCUCAACACAACCUCUCCGAAAAUCUUCCAUCAUGCCUGAGCGCGGCCAGUCCCCCCCUCCCGAGCGCCAGACCGGCAAGCAGCAGAACGAACCUGCUGGUUCCGGUAAGGGCGUCGAUGAUGCUUCCCAGAAGGAGCAGAUCAACAAGUCUGGUCUCGAGAACCUCACAUCAAACCCCAAAGGUCCCCUAGACGAUGAGGUCGAGAAGAAGUUCGCCAAGACGAGCAAGCCUGAGGAGUCAAAGUAAAAAGCACACGGGAAGCUUAAUGGGAUACAAUGAUUCAUGAAUUUGGCGUUGGUCAUAUUUUUGGGACUGGGAACCGAUGCUGCCGCUAGAAGCGAUGCAGCAGCCAUGUGGAAUCUUGGCCAGUUGUUCGAUUCAAAACACAUAGAGCAUGGAAUAUCUGAAGACAAAUGACUUACAUUGUGCACUCGUCUGGAACUCAUUACAAGCCUUGCUGUAAUACCUCCUUUCUCGU